UCUGUUGUUGAGACUUGGUGUUUCAGGAUGGAGGUUCGGAUCUCAACUCUGAUGGUUUCUUUGUUCUUCUUUCCAUGUUGAGAGUCAUGACACAGGCACUGUGCUUUUGUGUUGUGCUGAUGUGUCCUUUCCCAUUGCAAACAGAGGCGGCCUGGCAGGACUUGAGUUGUGUCCACCUCCAUCUGUCAAGCUGGACAGCGCUGGAGGGAGGGAUGGGUUCCAAACCCAGGGUGGAGGCUUGAUCUGAAGGUUUGUCAGAAGCCCACCUUACAUGGGGAAGAUCACUGACUGCAAAGAAGGAAUUCUGUGGGACAGAAGUGCUUCUCUCUUCAGUAAUGUGCCUUUUAGAGUCAUGUCUGCUAACCAUGGCUGGAUGGGCAAAAGCACCCCGGGGUUUGAGUGGAAGAAGGGAACUGUUAACACCGAAAAAGCUUUGACAAGCCUUGCACCCUGUCCUUCACAUCUGGAAAGCAGUAUUACUGCAUUUGCUGAUCUUCUGGCGUUUUCAUGUGGUAAACAAAGAGCUAUAUAUUAGCUGUAUAUAAUUCACUAGAACCAUGACAUUUCAUCCAACCUGCCUGAUGAAAUGUGAAUGAAACACAUAAUCUUCUACACUGUGGAACGACUGCAUUAUAUUUUAACUUUAAAUUUAAGUGGACUGUAGUAAAUUUUAGCCAAAGCUGUUGAGAUUUCAUGGAUGGAGGAAUGAGACAGUCUGGCACCUAAGUCCUUCUAGCUGAUUUUUGAAAGUGAUGUGAGGAAGAAUCUGAGGGAAGGGUGAACUCAACCACAAUGGAAGCAAGUGAUGUUGGCAGCUGGGCCUCCACUGCAGGAAACGACAGCAGCGUCUUCACCACGCCAAGCCACAUCCUUGAUCUCCAGAAUGGAUCUACUCCUCUGGCAUGGUGGGAUAACGUGAGCACCAGAGGGAUGCAGCUUUUUGAACAUCGACUCUAUGACCAGGAGAAGUCCUACCGAGAUUUCACCACCACCAUCCAGGUGUUCAUCUUUGUGGGCUCACUCUUGGGUAAUGCCAUGGUUCUGUGGUCCACCUGCCGCACCACUGCAUUCAAGUCUGUCACCAACCGCUUCAUCAAGAACUUGGCAUGUGCGGGAAUGUGUGCCAGCCUGGUGUGUGUGCCCUUCGACAUUGUGCUGAGUGGCAGCCCACACUGCUGCUGGUGGCUCCACACACUCAUCUUCUGCAAAGUCAUCAAGUUCCUUCACAAGCUCUUCUGCUCUGCCACUGUCCUCAGCUUCACAGCCAUCGCUCUGGAUAGAUACUACUCUGUUUUGUAUCCACUGGAGAGGAAGAUCUCAGAUGCCAGGUCCAGAGACCUGGUCAUCUACAUUUGGGUCCAUGCUGUGGUGGCCAGUGUGCCGGUUUUCGCCGUGACAAAUGUGACAGACAUUUACGCCACGGCAGUCUGCACCGGGAACCAGAGCUACCCACUGGGACACCUGGUCUAUGUAGUGACCUACAACGUGACCACCCUCAUUCUGCCACUGGCUGUUGUCUUCUUCUUCAUGGUGCUCAUCCGACGUGCCCUGAGCGCCAGCCAGAAGAAGAAGGUGAUUAUUGCCGCACUGCGGACGCCACAGAACAGCAUCUCCAUCCCGUAUGUCUCUCAGCGCGAGGCUGAACUACAUGCAAUGCUUCUCUCCAUGGUGCUCAUCUUCAUGGCCUGCAGCGUGCCCUAUGCAGCACUGGUCAUCAGCCGCUCACUGCUGGAUGUCUCAGAAGUGUCCACUUUCCUGCUGCUCACUGCUGUCUGGCUUCCCAAGGUGUCGCUGCUCACCAAUCCGCUACUCUUCCUUACUGUCAAUGGGUCGGUGCGCAAGGGCCUGCUGGGUGCCAUGGCACAGCUUCAGCGCCGCUACAGCCGCAGAAAUGCGGUGCGCUCUGAGGGCAUGGCCGAGGUGGCGGGUGAGCGCGGUGUGCGCUCAGGAAGCCAGCUCUUGGAAAUGUUUAACAUUGGUCAGCAGCAGAUAUUCCGUGCUGCUGAGGAUGAAGAGGAGGAAGAGGAGAAUGAGGCACACUCUGUAGUCUCCCGAGGUCCCUCACAACAGGAGGCACUGGAGCCCCAUCCUCCAACCACACAUGGGACAAGGACUGGAGUCAUGGCUCCCAGGUGCUCCCCACUCCACAGCUGUGCGGAGUCUUCUUCCCAGGUGGCACCGGCCACACCCUCAGACUCUGAGGAUGGUGCCAAGUAUGCCACUCAGUUUGGCUUUGGACCCUUUGAAUUGCCACCCCAGUGGCUCUCAGAGACCAGGAACAGUAAGAAGAGACUCCUUCCUCCACUGGGAAACACCCCUGAGGAGCUCAUUCAGACUAAACAACCGAAGAUCCGCACCACUGAGCGUCGCAUCAGCAGAAACAACAAAGUCAGCAUAUUCCCCAAAGUUGACCCCUGAGAUUCUGCUGGACAGUCCACACAUUACUGUGUUCCUUUCUAUUUCUCCUCUAGGCCUGAUUUCGUAACCAAGAGCCACAAGCAGUGAACGAUUCCGUUCAGGGGGACCCUCUUCAGCCUUGUUCCGUAAUGAAGUAUGGCUCAUGGUACACUGUGACCCAACCCUUGUUCAACCGGAAGUGUCAGAGGAAAUGCUAUCAGUCGUAUAGUGAGCAUAACUGUUUAUGGAAUGAAAGCAAUAAUUGUUGUAGCUGUAGGGCCAGAGUAGUACUUAUGAACUGUGGAUUUAUCACAGAAAGACUUUCAUGUGCAAUGGUUACCUUGCAGAGGGGAGAAAAAGAUGACUCACUUCGGCCAGAAGGUAUUUUGGUGAAGUGCAGACUGAUUUUGUGUAUCAAGUUGUUCACACAUGAUACUUGAGUAAUGGCUUUGAAUACUUUACAAAUGAAUGACUUUAGAAGUAUGCUAUCAUUUUCAUGUUAAAUGACUGACACACCCAUCUUUGUCUUAAGAUGGUGAUUAUUUUGGUUUAAAAUUUAGAAGGAAAUAAGUAAAACGCAUUCCUACUUUUUCUUUCUUUUUAACUGGUUACAUGAACAGUUAGCUGUAGAGAAAAUGGGCAGGUGAAAUGAGAAAGUCAGAGACAUUAACAAUGUAUGAAGGUAUGAAAACAGAAGAAAACUAAAGCUGUGAAAUCAUGUAUUACAUUGUUCCUGGUCAAUAUAUAAAUCACUCAAUUGUUUUCAAUUUGAAAAUCUGAAGUCUACAGUGAGCUUCACAAAUAGGAAGCAAUUAAUGGAAAUGGAAUGAAUUGGAAUCCAAAACAGUGACAGCAGAAACAAGUUAAUAGUAACAGUUGUUUUUAUUGGUACAUCUUAGACAAUGAUGCCCACUCAACAUUAAACUCUACAUGUUAGCACAGGCAAUAUUUUAUAUUUGUGUGUAUUUCAGGGAGGAGAGUGGUCAUUUCUUCUUUUCACUACCAUUAGAUCAUUUAUUU